AUGGGAGCAGCUGGUUCAUAUCCAGCAUUUGACAUGAACAGGACAGCAUGCCUUCUGAAAGGUGGAGGACUAUCAAGGGUUUGCUAUUCCUUCAAAGACGGCCAUCCUCUUGAGUAUCUCGAUGUCUCCGAUAACCAACUCACUCAGCUUCCAUUAAAUCUCAAAAACUUACGUGUUAUUGACUUGUCAAACAACAAGCUUAACGAGCUUAAUGCCCAAAUGGUCCAAGCUAUCGAAUCAUACGAGAACUUGCUUGAAUUAAAGCUCGCGCACAACAAUCUAACCGGCUUGCCGGCAAUAAUCGGCAAAAUGCAAAAUUUGAAUAAGCUCCACCUCAGCGGAAACAAAUUCACUGAACCUCCUAAAGAAAUACAAUUCAUCCAGUUCUUGGAUUUGUCAUGUAAUAAGCUAACAUACAUCACUAUGACUGAUCGCUUGGUAACUUUGUAUGCAAAUUUCAACAGAUUGACCACUUUAUCUUGCUUAAAUCGCAGUUUGACAACACUUAACAUUUCAGGAAACGAUAUUGUUACAAUUGAUGAUGCAAAGUUCGAAUCCCUCCAGAACCUUGAUGUUUCUUCAAACAUGUUAGAAUCAAUCGAUAAAAUCAUGGAAAAUUGUCCAAGACUAGAGAUUCUUGAUAUCUCAUACAACAAGAUCAAACAUAUCCCAGCACUACCCGAUCGUCUCAUUACUCUAAAUGCCAAUGACAACCAAAUUUCUUCGAUAGAUCCUUCAUUCUCCAAUUUACCUUUACUCAGAACAAUUUUCAUCUUCAACAACAACCUCACAAGCAUCCCUCGAUUACCAAAACUCGCCUCACGCCUUCGAAUUGACAGUAAUAAACUUACAGAUUUUCCAACUGUCGAAUCCGAUUCUAUUGAAGGCAUCCAGCUGAUGUCCAACAUGCUUACUGAUAUUCCUAAUAUCUCCAAGACCAAAAUCCAGCUUCUUUACUGCUGUGACAACAAAAUUUCCCUUUUAUCUCCCAAAAAUCUCUGCAAUUCGCUCAUCAGCAUCAAUCUCUCCCAAAACAGCAUAUCCGUCCUACCCAAGGAGCUCUUCUCCCUUCCCACACUCCAAACCCUGACUCUGAAUGACAACUUCAUCAAAGAGAUUCCGCCAGAAAUAGAGGACUCCAAGCUUCUCCAGCUGAACAUCUCCAGCAACCCGAUCAGCGAGAUGUCUCCCCUCCCCUCCACUCUGCAGUGCCUCCUCGCCUUCAACUGCAAGUUCACUGAGAUCAGCACGAGAGUCAGAGCCCUGCCUUUUCUGCGUGUCCUCGACAUGAGCUACAACGAAAUCAAGAGGCUGGUGAAACUGGACGGGUGCGCGAACAUAUUUUUCGGCCACAACCAGAUAAAUGAGGUUCCAGAGCUGUGGAAGGAUCUGCUGCUGUGCGAUUUGUCGUAUAAUCAGAUAACGAAAGUCGCAAUUUCGCAGGAGAACACUUUGAUGCAGGAAUUAGAUUUAUCUCACAACAAUUUGAAGGAGUUUGUUGUUCCUGGCGUUAGAGAUAGGCUCAAAAUCCUCAAACUCAGCCAUAAUCCUGAGUUUUCUUUCAGAUUUGACUUUGAAACUUUUCCAAAACUGGAUUCUAUCGAUGUUUCAUGCACAAAAGUUAAGAUUCCAUACCCUCCGUCCACUCUCCGCGAACUUUUGACCAGCGAUUUGAAGUUUUUCAAGUCCGCCGACCUCAAUUCCGUAAAUUACAUCUCUCCUGGCAUCGGAUACGCUGAUUUGAAGGGCUACAGAGAGACUAUGGAGGAUUCCCUCCUUGUUCGGACUGAUUUCCCUGCCGGAUUUGACGCAUUCGCUGUUUUGGACGGCCACGGCGGAAGUGCGACCGCGAUGGAGGCCAUGCAUCUCUUCCACCAGCACCUGAGCGAGAUGAAGGCCGUGACAGAGCUUUCCAUCCGCAAAAUGGUCGAAUCUCUUGUGGAAGACGUCAAAAAAGCGAAUUACGAGGACGGCUGCACUCUCUGCAUGGCCAUCAUCUGCUCCGGAACGAUCUUUGCAGUCAACAUCGGAGAUUCGAGGAUGCUUCUCGUUAAGGAUAAGGCUGAGUUUGUCCCUCUCUCGAAGGACCACAAGCCAAACAGCAGGGAUGAGCUGGAGAGAAUCAGGAAGACAGGGAACUGCGUCGCAAACGGCAGAACAAGCGGAAUACUCGCUCUCAGCAGAUCUAUCGGAGAUUUCGGAAUCGGCGGAGUCUCUUCCUCGCCAGACAUCGUUGUCCACAAGAUAGAGCAAGGCGACAGAAAGGUGGUCAUAUGCUGCGACGGUGUUUACGACGUUCUGAGUAACGAAGAAGUCGCAAAACACGCUUUGAGGUUCGAGGAUCCGUUCGAAAGCGCCGCAUUCAUUAGAAAUGCUGCAUUCGCACGACAGACACAGGACAACGUGACAUCGAUAGUCAUCGAUCUCGCGAGAUAUAAACAGAAUUAG